UGCUCAUAAAAAAAAUUUUGUCCUCCCUCACCUUAAACGGCACCGACCGCCACGCCACCCCGUCACAUAUUGUUUCAGUUCUCCUUACAUUCUAAAACUGAUGUGUCACAUCACAGAAGGCAGCAGCUGAAGAGCAGGGGUAGUGAGUGUUCUCACUUUAUUUCUGACAUACUUCCUGUUUUAAACAUUUGCUAUUCAGAUGCUCUAUACAAAUAGGGACAGCACAAUACCGUGGCUGCUUACCAGUCAGAGACAUCUGUAGCUAACUUGUAAACCUUGUAUUAGUGGACAGACUGAAGAAAACAUAAUCUAUUGUAAAAACAAAGUGGUUGCCAUGUUGGGAGAAGCCUUCAUCAGAGUCUUCAGGUACAGGAAAGAGGAUUGUGAUUCCACAAAGGCUCAGGAACGCCCACCACACCCUGCUCCCAAUAUCGUUCUGAACCAAGGUUCAAUGUUAGGAAACAUGGAUGGCCUGGUGCAGUCUGGUCCUAGAGCGACAACCAGGCCCAGUGAUGCCCUCACCAUCCCCAAUAGCCACAGUGACGACUAUGGUGACCUGGAGCUCUAUCGCUCCUGGUGCUGCACCACCUUCUGCAAAGACUACCCUGACCUGCAGCUCAGAGGGGACCAUGUGGGAAACAGGAGUUCAAUGAGCCUGCGGCUGGAGAGUGAGGUGUUCCAAGGGCCACUUCUUCAAUCUCAGGACCUGGGAGAGCUGGAGUCCUUGGAACCCACAGGGCCUGUGGAGCCUGGGGUACAGGUGGAGUCCCAGACCCUGCAGGAUGAGGGUAACCUGGUCAUAGACAGCAGCAUCAUCACCCUGAACAGGGAACCUCUGUCCAACUCCAUGCUGAACGGCUACCUGGAGAGUAAGCUGCUGGAGGUGUACAGACAGCAUAUGCAGGACAGCCUGGCCCGGGGAAGCUCUCCCCUGGUCCAGACCCCUCCCCAUGGCCUGGUACCAGAACCAGUGAAGCAGCUCAGCCAGUAUCUCUGUCAGGACCACGGCCUAGACUCCAGUACGGCCCAGAGCAUCGUCAUCCACUACCUCAGCACCUGCACCGUGGCCAGCUCCAACUUCAGCUCUCCCGACCUGCGCAUCUCCAACCUACGCAUCCCCAACCCUGAGGCCAGGAAGAAGCCCACCUGACUGAAACCAGCAGUAUUUAUACUUUGUCUGCCAACUCUAACGUACUUGACAAUGCUAAAGCAUUCCACUGAAUCUAUACUUGGUGGUCAGUUGUAAUUGCAUUCAAGUGGAAAAUUCAAUUGAUAAUUCGGAAGGAGAUCCCCUCAUUUUGUUGAAUUGUUGAAAGAAAUAUCUUUAGAAAAUGCCACAAUGUCCAAAAUAUUUACUACAUAAAUGCAACCAGUUGCUAUAUUGUCAUGCUUGGGUGCCUAAGACAAUGUCAAGCUUUCGAGUUUAAAGACAAAGAGUAGAAAAACAGAGAACUGUGAGCUGAUCUUGUAAAGAAUUUUGUUUCUGAGAAAUAAUUCCUCACAGAUACUGCUGAUUUGAAAUUAUAUUGUUUUAAACACAGAUGUACGAAACGCCAAAGAAAAAAAGUAUUUUCCUAACUUGGUUGUCAAAGCAGAAAAAUAUUGCCACCUGCUGUUAUACAAAAGCAUUGCAUGUUUACUGCAAGUGUCACAUUGCAUUUUGACAAGAAAGAUAUUACACAACAUCUGUGCCAGAUAAACAUAUCAUGCUGUGCCACAUUUCUAAUGCGUUUUAAUCUUGAAUGCGACUGAAUAAAUAAUAAAUAUUAA